UAUCUGAACGAGACGAAGAAUAUAGGAUGAAGUAUCUCAAGCUUGGCCCAUCACCUUCCCCAUCUGGGAAACCAUGGAGAUUUGAGGUUCGGUGACCUUGGUUAGAACGAAUCGACAACCCUGGUCGGAGGUUUUGGCAUUCGCCGUAGCAGUCAGGACUACGCAUAUAAGAAGACAACUUCCCCUAGUAGCAUGUGGGAAAUCCGCGUUGGCAUCGUAACACAACCGCAGAGCUGCAAAGCUGAAAAUCUGCAAUUCGGAAAAAAUGGCGAAAGACCUCAAAACCCUCCCAGAGCGCUACUCCACUGCCUGGGCCGAGGAGGACCCCAAAGCAUUACUCAACCUCGUCUCUGACGACUGCCUAUUCACCGACCACGGUGCCCAAAUUCGUGUUCCUCGUCCAUUCAUAGAGGGACACCACCGCAAUUGGCGCGGAGCCCACAAAGACUUCGAGGUGUACGUCGACCCGGCCUUCCCUGUGUACUGGAUCGACGUCGACGAAGCGAAGGGGAACGCGAAGUGCAGUUUCCGGACUGUGAACAAGGGCGUCUUCGUGAACGACCUCCCGCGUCGAAAAGCCACUGGAAUGCCAUUCCAGUACUCAGGAGUUGUAGACUUGGAAGUCCAAAAUGGGCUGGUCACGAAGGCCGAUGAGUGGUUGAGGGUUCCUUUUGAGGAUAGUGUGUCGGUGGAAGAGUACAUUGUUAUUUCGGAUGAAACUCGGAAGAAGAUUAUGGCGGAACGGGAUGCGGGAAAAUAAGAAUCGUUCGGGGCAUUGUUUCUUCCCACAAGGAUAAUGCGAGCAGGGGCUUCCAUACUUUAUAGUACAUCAGUAUGAACAGAUGCUUGGAUCUCUUGAAGUUAGUUCUCACGAGACGUCGAUUACCUACCCGCAAACUGCACGCUGAGACUGUUCUUCAUGCCAGCAACCGUGAACAGAUAAAUCCGCCAAUCUGAUCCAUAGCGUCGGGAAAUGCCGAUUACGCGUAUUUAGAUAACCACACUAGGCAGAAAAACACACCUAAAC